CGGGCUCAGUAGGCACUCAUAUGUGAGCCGCAUCGUUAGCGGUUGUGUGAUAUUCAAUGAUUCCAUACGACGAAACUUGAACCUCAAAUUCAUUGUCAAAGUUGUAAUUUCUAGUUUAUAUCUUCUUUUAUGUUACAAACGUGUUAGUGCACGCGAUAUUAUACGUUGUCUGAUUAAUUUAAUUGUCUUAAUUUUUGUUCGUGAUAUAAUUAAUCGUAUACAUAAGUAGACGUGCGGGUCGCAAGUAUAACUGUUACCCCCGUCGAAGUGUCAUUUAUUUUUUGUUAUCAUUGUCAGAUAUAUAUAUUUUAAUUAGUUGUAAUUUCGUUAAGAUGUUUCUCGUGAAUUGUAUCAAAUUAUUGGAUUAGUGCAGUCUAUUGAAAAUUUAUUAGUACAAGCGUGUGUGUGUGAUAUAUUUAUUCUGUUUUGUGUAUAUUGUGAUUGUGUACACGCGUUUAAUCCGGAGCGAAAUCAUCAAAAGUAUUUUCCGUGUAAAGAAUAUUACUUUCGAUUUUCGUACUUUCGUGUCUAUCUGCUUUUAGUAGCAUUUAAAAAAGUACCAUGAUUAUGAAUGAAUUGAGAAAAAAUGUGGCUUUUGCCUGUGUUACCGUCGGCCUGGUACUGCUUGCCUCGAAGUACCGCAAUAACGUGCUUCAGAGCGUGCAGCAUCUUUGCCAAGGCAUCACGAAAAGCCGCAAAAAAUCUAAAGAUCAGAAAGACAAAAUGAUCGGUCAGCGUCAAGACACACUUUUUUCAUUGGACAAGGUUAUUUUGGCCGAUACCCCAGAAAAGUGUGAUUAUGCUAUUCAACGUAUUCACAGAAACAUGUCAGAUGGAGUCCUAGGGUUUGAUUGCGAAUGGGUUAAUGAAGGUCCUGUCUCACUGAUACAACUAUCUACUCGUAAUGGAGUGUGUGCAUUGUUUCGCUUAUCUAAAUUAGGCCAUGUUCCUAAUAAACUUAAGGAGUUAUUGAUGAAUCGAAGACUAAUAAAAGUGGGUGUAGGAUGCUUCGAUGAUGGAGAAAGAGUAACCAAAGAGUAUAAUUGUCAAGUUUUUGGAACUGUAGAUGUCAGAACCUUAGCUAGCCACUUUUCAUUACCAUGUCCUGAAAGUCUGUCUUCUCUCUGUAUGGAAUAUUUAGGAACUGAAAUGGUGAAAGUUCGAAGUGUCAGAUGUGGAAAUUGGAAUGCUGAAGAACUCAGUACUGAGCAGAUAGCUUAUGCUGCUUAUGACGCUCAUGUAUCUGUUCUAAUUUUCUAUAAGAUUCUGCAAAGAGUCAGACAGAACAGAUCAUUGUGGAAAAGUUUAAUAUUAUAUAUUAAAAACAUGCAGAGCCAUAGCAGGCAGGAUGGAUUAUAUGAUUUACCAUUUUCAACUAUUGACACGAGGUUCAAGAGUAGUUGGUAUAAAAGAGUAACAAACACACAGAAUGAAAAUGUUUCAAAUAAUAUAGUUCAAACAAUUAAUCGUACUAAUGAUCAAGUAAUUAAAAAAAUUAAUGAUUCUGAGCCUAAAUCCAGUGUACCUACGAGAAAUAAGCCUUUGUACCAUAAUUGUUAUUUGCAAGCACCUGAUGGUGAUAUUUUGUGUACAUGUGAUAGAAAGAAAGCUGAUUGGUAUGUCUCGAAAGGGCUUGGAGAAGUGGUUUUAGAAGAUCCCUUCACUGUAAAAUUGAAGUUUGAACCAUCAGGACGUGCUUUAGGAGAUGUUGGAAAGUACUACACACAAGUUAAAGUCAACCAGUGUGUUGUUUGUGGCUCUGAUGAAAAAUUUGUCAGAAAAAAUGUUGUUCCUAGAGAAUACCGUAAAUACUUUCCUUUGGUUAUGAAAUCUCAUCAAUCACAUGAUGUUUUGCUAUUAUGUCCAUCGUGUCAUGAAGUUAGUAAUUGCCAUGACUUACAAUUCAGAAGAAAAUUAGCAUCAUUGUGUAAUGCUCCUUUAGUUUGUCCGGUACAAAAGAAAAACGACGACCGCUCCAGAGAGUGGCAAACAUUAAAAUCAGCUGUGAAAGCACUGAAAGAUGGAUCCAACAUACCUCCAGGACGAAGAAGAGAAUUAGAACAUUGUAUUCAGCAGUAUUCAGGUUGUGAUUUUAUCACAUCAGCCUUAUUAAAAAAUCUUGAAGAACAGCUAUAUAAGAAAAUUUCAGUAAAUGAUGCUAACUCUAAUAAACCAAAUUUUCCUCCUCACGGGCAAAAAGUUGUGCAAUUCUUUGAAAGUCAAGAAGGGGGUCUUGUUGAAUUGGAAAAGUUAUGGCGAGAACAUUUUCUAACCACAAUGAAGCCAAAGUUUUUACCAGAACUUUGGUCAAUUAGUCAUAAUCAAGAAAGAUUGAAUAUCCGCCAAUCUCAAAACAGGAUAGAGCCAUCAGAUGCCAAAGUAGCUGGAAUUCGUUAAUAUUAAUUAUAAGUAAUUAGUAGAAAAUAAUUGUACCUGAAAAAGUAUUUGUAAAGUAGCAAUUACUUUUUACCAAAAGUAUUUGUAAAGCAGCAAUUACUUUUUACCAAAAGACUGCCAUAAAAUUAAA